AUGCUGGUGGGCAGUCGCGCGUUGGAUGCGCUUGAUCACCAUGCCCAGGCCAUCAAGCAGCGCAAGAGCGCAAAGGCCCCUUCCCAAAACGCGACCACAAAUGCCCUCGACUACGGCGUGGGGUGGCUCGUUGGCCCUACCUCUGCGGAAGCCCUGAUUAAUUGCAUAGCCUGCACCGAAUUCGCGAACAAGGAGCUUGUGGAGGCUGGUGGCAAUGUGGACCUGGUCGCUAAUCCACCGAAUUGGGAGGAAGAAUCGAAAUUCGUGGCUUCGGUCCUGCCCCAGGGGCUCUCAGCACGCGGCCUCUACUUCUGCUUCGUGGACGACUCGAACGUUGAGCAGAGGGAAGCACUCCUCAAUCGAUUCUUCGAGAAGAACGCGCAGGCCCUGCGCUCCAUCUUCGCCGCCAACGCCUCUGCUGGCAGCACCUCCAUCUUCGUAGCGGCCAAGGCGCUGCACCCGACCGAAGAGCAGCAGGACGAGGCCCACGCCCGCCCCGCCUUCUACCGCCUGGCCCUGGGCCAAGACGCGGCCUCGCCGUCGUUGGAGCAGGUGUCGAACGUGGAGGUGGCCAAAGCCGGCCAGGUGCUGCGCGACUUUGGUCUCUUCCGCACGCGCCUCAGUCUCCCUGUCCGCGCUAGCGACCUCGGCGCUCUGCAGGAGCAGGUGGAGGCGAUCGAGGCACAGAUCAAUGGCGACGGGGCUCACUUUCUGUUCCCGUCCGGCGCUGACAAGGGAGCCGCGCUGGCGCUGCUCAACCGAACUACCAACGCGUCGUUCCCGGCCAAGGAGUUCCAGAGCAAGGCCAAGGCCACUAACAAGGGAGAGGCACCACAGGACAACAGCACAGUGCCGACUGCUGUCGAGGUCAAGCUCUACACGUCGCGGUCCAGCGGUGGCGCCAAGGUCGCGGCACCGGUCUUGAGCUACGCCCCGGCCGGCAGCGGCGGCGCAACGGAAACACAGAUUCACUACGAUCUGGAGCUGGACGCUCUCGCCUACGUUCCGCUGUCGCAGACGACAAAGGUGAGCGAGGUGCUGAACAGCCUGGCCGCCAGCCUGACGGCUCAGCUUCGCCAAGCGGCCGCCUUCAUUCGCCAGCUGAGUGCGUCCGCCACACCGAGCACCUUCAACAAGAUGCGGGCCUACCAUUUUUGCCCGCUCGACCUCCCACACGUCAUCACCCUCAUCUACCCGGUGGGCCAGUACGGCUGGGAAGAUUAUCUGGGUACUGAACGAGAGGCUCGGCCUAGCGUGUAUGGGUCCUUCCGUCAGCAGCUGCAUCGCAAGCUGCUGCUCCCCUUGGAUCGUCCGCUGCUCAAGAGCACCAACUCGCUGCUCCUCGACCCCGUGCCGCCGCCAGCAGAAGGCGCCAGCCUGCAUUUGCGAGACGUGCACCGAACGCUGGGUCCCUCUGGAGUGGGCGGCCGCGUACAUCUGGUGGACGGGUCCUACGAAUACUAUCACUACUUGCAGGACAAUUUUGAUGACCGGACCAUCUGCUCCUGGAUUCGUAUUCAGGGCUACAGCCAGCUUCCAGUUCCCACGCACCGAGAGAUUCAGCGCAUGCUGGUCGACAUGAAGGACAAGCAGUCGUCGUUCGUGGGGUCGAGGGAAUGGAUUGGCGCGAUCGAGAUUCAGAUGUGCCUGGACAAGCUCUACGGGCUGUCGUGCAAGAUCUUGCGUGUGAGCUCCGGUGCCGAGUUGGCCUACAAGGGCGCCGAGUUGGCGCAUCACUUCGACACACAGGGCACUCCUGUCAUGAUCGGUGGUGGCGUGUUGGCGUACACGCUGCUCGGCGUCGACUACAAUGAGGACUCGGGCGCCGUCAAGUUCCUCAUCCUCGAUCCGCACUACACGGGCGCCGACGUGGUCAAGUCCAUCACCAAGGACAAGUGGUGCGGCUGGAAGGACGCCUCUCUCUUCCGCAAGGACUCAUUCUACAAUCUCUGCAUGCCCCAGCGGCCCAGGGAAAUAUAG